AUGAGUGACUCCGAUGGUAUCUCUGUUGGAGAACAGAAAGUGGAAGUGGAGGAUGAAUCCGCGGUCUACUGCAGCUUAUUACAAUUGAUACAAUGUAGGAGCUGCUCUAUGCCGCUCAAGGCGCCGGUUGGGCUGCCAUGCGGAUGCACCAUUUGCCGGUCAUGUAUACCGCAGACACAUCCCAGAACCAAUAUUACAUACCCUGGAACAGAAGAUCGUAGCCAGGGAUUUUUCUGUCCGUCCAUGUGCACGAAAUCUCGGGAAUCAGACCAAGCUUUUGUGUCUGAACAUUGUUUAGCAGAUUGCAACCUGGAUAUCACCCUUGGUAAGGUGGUGAAUAUACUUGGAAUUUGCGCAAACGCCUACCCAUCUAGUAAAGAUCCGGGUCAUGACAUUCCUAUUCAAAUUCAUAUAUCUAACCGACGGACCAACCCGGAGGUACCAGACCAAGAAUUCCGGAUAAAAGGUAGCCGCCUGGCUGGAAUAUACACUCUCAUGGCCAAAGGCCAUAUUCCGGUUACUGCUGCUGUAAAGUGCACGUUUGAUGAUCAAGACAGAGAGACCUUGAGAGAUAUUGAUGACGGAGUGCUACGGGAGAUAAAGGUGGCUGCGAUAAAAGAGCUUGAUUGUCAAGUGUGCUACUCUUUGAUGACUGAUCCGUACACAACUGUUUGCGGCCACACAUUCUGCAGACACUGCGUGACUCGGAUGCUAGAUACCUCGAACCUUUGUCCAGUAUGUCGGAGGAAUUUACCGAUGAUAUUACCUGACGAUCUUGGAAACGGGAUAUUGGACACCCUUACCUCCAUUCUCUUUCCAGGCCGGAAUACAUCACCACUAGGAGGCAUUCCAAUUGAACCACUGGAUACAUCCAAAAUCGACGAAUUACCCCUAUUCGUAUGUACUGUCUCGUUUCCAUCCAUGCCAACCUAUCUACAUGUUUUUGAACCUCGUUAUCGGCGAAUGAUCCUACGAGUCGUUGAAAAUGGGACCCGUCGAUUUGGCUCAGUGAUGCUCAAUCAAACCGGUGAGCUAGCUGGACAAUCUGAACCUUGCGUACAUGCCCAAUAUGGGACCUUACUUGAGAUUGACCGGUUAGAGUCACUGUCUGGCGGCAGGAUCCUGAUACGUGCCACCGGCCGGUACAGAUUCCGUGUUCUUUCCUGUAGAGACUACGAUGGUUGCAAGAUUGGAUGCGUACAACGGAUAGACGAUAUCCGAAUUCCGUUUGAGGAGAUGAUUGAAGCGGAAGAGCUAUCAGCCCUUAAAGAAGACAGCAAUCCAAAAUCCUUGAACAUCCUCUCCACGCAAAAAUUGUUUCAAAUAUGUUUUAAAUUUGUGACGAAAUGCCGUUCCAGUAGUUCAUCCUGGCUCAAUGAACGGCUGCUUUCCGGAUAUGGCGAACCUCCAACGGAUCCUGCUAUUUUUCCAUAUUGGUUUGCAAGCGUCCUCCCGAUAACGUCAAAUGAGAAAUACAAACUGCUCUCGGUAACAACAGUUCGAGGCAGGUUGAAAAUAUGCGCUAAGUGGGUGCGGCAGAUAGAGAAAGAUAAGACCGUGCUACGGGGCGGUAUUAGAAGUAGCUUUCCUAUAUCUGCUCUUCUUCCAUUCCUAUUCAUGUUUUGCAUAUGGUUCCUACCGACUCUCAUCUCGGCUAUGUUGGCCCUCUUAGGCUUUUCGGCACCCAGAAAGACCACUAAUACUACCACCACUGCUACUCCUACUCCCCCUCACUCGCCUUUUAGUUUUUCAUUCUCCGUUUUCCCACUUGGUGUCUCAUUCACAUACUCGUCAGGCUCGUCAUCGCCUCACAAUACGGAGGGUGCUGCUCUAUCAAAUGGUUUCGUCUAUGCUGGCUUCAACAUAUCACAGUACUUUUCAACGAACUUACUUCUUGGGGGAAUUGUAAUUAUUUGCGUGGCAAGAGUUCUACGCCGAUUUAUCGAGGUGAUUCACCAGCGUCAACAACCUAUAAGGCCUAUGAAUGAAAGCGCCGCAGUGGUCCAUACCACAUCCAGCCCUAAUGAAAAUCAAGACGACCCCGGCCAUGUUGCGGAGCAGAGCAAUGCGAAUGAUGAGCCCAGCGGGAGCGGGCCUGACAGCUCGAACAAUACAAGUUCAGCCGAACUUGAUGACUGA